GCGCAGAGCUACAGCUGCGCCCGGAGUUGAGGGAAGCCGUCGCUUGGUGUUGGCCGAGCCCGUGUUCACCGUCGUCCCCUAUCGCCGUCGUCAUGUUCCAGGGCCCCGAGACCGACUCGACGAAGCCCAGCUCCAGGGGACUGAAACCUCCUGGAGGAAGCUCCAGCAAUCUCUUUGGAAGUCAAGAAGAAGUCUCUGCUUCUCUCAGGCCGCACAGAAUGGCAUCUAACAUAUUUGGAGGAGCUGAAGAAUCACAGAACUUCCCAAAGAGGACAAACCCUCCAGGUGGGAAGGACAGUGGCAUUUUUGAGGAUCAUAAGCCUAACGCUUUUCGUCAUCUUACAAAUCCGCCUGGUGGAAAAGCCAGCAAUAUCUUUGGGUCUCCACAGCCUGCCAGCACUGCUAAAGCACAUCCAAAUAAGCCCAAGGAUCAUGCUGUUAUCUUAAACGACAGAGGGGAUUCACCACGGGAACCAAGACCAAAAGCUACAGAAGACCAAAGACCACAGGUGGAAGCCGUGAGUGAAAAGAGAGAGCCACAGAAGGAAAAUGAGAAAAGAGAGCCACAGAAGGAAAAUCAGAAAAGAGAGCCGCAGAAGGAAAAUGAGAAAAGAGAGCCACAGAAGGAGACCACCAAAGAGCCUGGACCCAAGAUGGAUGAUCAUGAGCCCAGGCUGGGGCCACGGCCACGGUCACACAACAAAGUCCUCAACCCCCCUGGAGGCAAAUCCAGCAUUGCGUUCUAUUAGGGAAAGCUGCCUCUUUCUCUCUCUCUCUCUCUCUCUCUCUCUCUCUCUCUCUCUCUCUAAUGGAGUCAGCACAGAAACAUGUCCCAUGUUUUCAAGGUCAGAACUAAAGGGCUAGCCUUCUGGUGCUUGAGGAAGGAGACACUUUGUGGUUUGGCUUCUUCGGUAUGUGGCAAAACUCAGCUUGAAUGUGUCUGGUUUUUUGGUUUUAAGAUAGAGCUCAGACUCCUGAGAGAACCCUUCCAGCCCAUAUACUUCUGUUGCUUUCUUAACAUAGUUAAGGAAAACCUGCUGUGAUGGGCUGCAGCACACAUUCCUACUGAAGGCAGAAUAUUGCUUUCUUGAUGCUCAUAUUAGGUAAUACAGCCUUGUGUAGAUGUUAUCUGUGCUAGAUAGGGACAGAAGCUGGCCUAAACUCUUGACUGAAGGUCAGUCUGGACUGUGAACUAGAGCUGUCCCUUUGUCUUGUUGUAAACAUGGGAAGGGAGGGAAAAUCUCACCAAGCAAUUACAUCUUCCUAAGAAUAAUUGUAGUUGAAAGAAUUAACUUUUUGGAACAGUCUCAAAAGCCUUAACCUUGUGGUUUUCCCCACAUGGUUUCUCCUGGCUAGUUAAGGAAGAUGAGUGAUGAAGCUGAAACUUGCAGUCGUGGAUGGCACAGAAUGAUCUCUUGUAAGAACUCGGCCAAACCACUCUUGUGUAUAAUUCGACCUUGAAUCCUGUCCAAGGAGGUGGUUAAGACGCUGGUGCUCUACCCCAUCACUAGCCUCCAAACAAGCUACGCUUGUGCUUGGAUUCUAAAUUCCAUUGGGCUCUUAACUACCUCUGUUCUACAAAAAGCUUCUAGUCUUGUCCAGUUCUCUGCUGACUCUGUUAGUCUAUUCACCUUCCCUCCAUAUUGGCCUUUGUUUGCCUUUGGCCAUUUCUGCUUAUCUUCUGAGAAUGGCAUUGCCAGGUCCUUGCCAUCCACAGCCCCCGACACAACACCCUUACCUUGAACUAUGGUGAAUGCUGCUGCUGUGCUGCCUGUUUCAUUCUUGUAGUUCUUUUACCUACUCUUAUCUCCCUGCCUUCAUCAAAGCAGAAUUAGAGUCCUGCCUUUAAUAAGGGGAGGACUAGGGGGAAAUGGUGCAGGGGCUACAGCCCGGCUCAUUAGACUUCAAGGUAGAGGUGAUAUCUUUAGGCAAGGACCUGGCAGUUCUAUCUGGAUUAUCCCAUUUGGUUGUAGCUAUACAUUGUAGCUGCCUUAAGACUCUUAUUAGUCUCGCUCUCUCACCUGAUUGGGGAUGGUUCCAAGACUUUUGCAAUACAAUUCUUGUGGGGCACUGACUAUUUAGAUUUGUUUGCAAUAACUUUGUAUUGUUUCCUGUAAUUACACUAUAUGUGGAUUUAGGGGUGGAAGAGACUAAACUUCAUGUAGCUCUUAGGAUGGAUUCUUCGUGAAUAGUGUUGUAGGAUUCGUUAUUUGUCAGCAUCAAGUGCUUAGACUGCAGUGUCUUGCCUCUUAACUCCAUUAUAUGUAGGAGUUUAUGAGGCACACCAAAGACCCAGUGGCCUUCCUUGCAGAAUAGCUCCACAUACCAGCAAAAAAGCAAAACCCAAGUGUGUUGCAAACUGGUUCUGAGGAGCAAGCUCCGUGCCAGAUGUUAAAAUAGGCUUAAAUUUCUGUCCAGUUAGGUGAAUGUGGGUGCCCUUUUGAGUCUGCUGAGGGAGGGCAGGGGAAGAAUUAAUUCUUCAUUGCCAAUCACUUUUUGACAUUCAGUUUAUAACUGCCCACCCCCCACCCACAUAACUGCAGUGAAUAAGUAUAGUUGGGUGUGGACACGGAGCCUUCUGUAAUGAAUUCGUUUUAUGUGGGGGCAGUUGGCCAAAGUCUACUUCUCCGACACCAUUUGCAUUGUGUUUUUGGACUUCUUACUGUCUAAAGCACCAAGUUUGGACUAUCUGGGGCUGAAGUAUUAAAGGUGCAUUUUCACCAGUGCCUCCGUUCUGGAUAGCAGAUUUCCAGCUAAGCCUUAAAUUAUUACGGAUUUAACUACUUUUGUGCCAUUUUUUUCUUUCAAGGGGUGCUAGAGAAUACAGUUUGUACCCAGAAAAGGGUACGUUUUCUUUCUAAAGGGUUGAGAAUCGUGCUGAAUCAUGUACUGUUCAAUAAACAGCUGUAUUUUGUUAGUUCGUUAUGGUGUAGCUGAUAAAUCCAUAAGGCUCUGACGUCUCAUGGUGCCCCUGUGCGGCCUCUUUCAUCCACUGAUACUGGGCACAUGCAAUGUCCAAGUUUCCAUUAAAAUAACUGUGGUGGACCAUCUAUGUACAUGGUACUUUACUGAGUAAUUUGAAACAAAAAUGACAGGCUCCUGCCCAGAGAAGAUUGUAAUCUAAAUUCUGCUUGAAUGUAACUAUUUCUGGUCUGAUAAUACAAGUUGAAUAGUGUUUGAAAGGGGAACAAUUGUCACUUUAUUUUGGAAUCAGCAGAUCCAAAUGUCCGUGUACACAAUGGAAACCUAUAACAAGGGCCUUUUCUGCUCUACAGCGUAAGUGCAUUCUUUGAGUGGCCCCUCUCUUCCCCCCAAAUCCACCUUUCCUGUGAAGCCUUUGGUUCAACUCCCUACCUCCCAUGUCUUGCUGCGGCUGAGCCUAAGUCCAUGCAACUGAGUGGAUGGCAUAUUUCCCCCCCGCCCCUGUAAAACCUACAUCCAUUUCCCUACCCUUCCUGUUUCACCGUGUCAGAUUUUUUAUUGUAAACUUCUUGGGCCAGGGACUUGCACUCUGUAACAGGCUAUCUACUUUGGCACCACAUAAAUAAUAAAAAAAAUCCCACAAUGUC